AUGGCCUCCCUUGAUCACAUUGCUACCGUCUUCUCUGAUUACAAGUACGACAAAGAUGUUGGUUUUGAAAGCAGCUGUGGUGUACCCUGCCUUGGUUGCAUUUCGGAGAUCGAUCGCGAUAUAUCAUGCGAAUGUGUUACGAAUGAUGAUCCCGCUCUUUGUGUUGUCUGCAAGCAUUACAACAAGACAUGCGGCUCGAUCCCUUCAGAGCUUCUCGGCGCGGCCCAAAUGUACUGGAACUUUGUGGCUCGCUUGCAUGGUCAAGAACGUUUCCUCCAGAGACGUCAGAUCUGGCGCAUUCGUCGUGCGCUUAAGGCUUGCGGGUCAGCAUGGCGUGAACUCGAGGGGCAUCUCAUGAAUCCGAACAACCUAGCGAUACUUGGUCUCCAAGAGUCAGUUGCAUCUCGCGAGACCUUGACCCUUUCCAUCAUUCAGUCUGCAGGUGCCAGCCUUUCCAUCGAUGAGAUCCACGAGCGUCUCGACGCUGUCAAGCCACCCUAUGCUCGCCAUGGAAACUGUGUUGUCGCCCUUCACAAUGCCCUUGCUCACUUGUCCGUCUCCAAAGACGUGCUGGUUGGUUCAGUUGAGGAAGGGAUGUGCGACUCCUUGUCUGAUGGAUCCCCUUUUGAGCUCUUAACUGCUAUGUGUGAAGGUGGGGGUGUUGCCGCUAACUGUAAAGUCGUCCACAAUGGUAUGCCUGAUUAUCCUCGCCAUUAA